AUGUCCAUCGACUUUUCUCUGUUCACUUCCUUGAGAUACGAUGCCAACCUGAAGCAGGUCCGUUCGCAGGGCGCCGCGCAUGCUGGGUGGAAUUACGAGAAUGAGUCGCCAUUGUACAUGAUGGACUUGCAUCGAGACCGCCUCCUACGAGCCGCCCUCCACUGGAAAUGGGACGCAGUGGUGGACAAGCUGUCAGGCGAGCGAGGUCUGCGUCAACUGGCUCAAGCUGCCGAGGAUGCGGUCGGUCGCUCGGAAACUGCGCCGCGGCGGCUGCGCAUUGUCGUCAGCAGAGACGGCCAUUUCACAUUCCAAAAGUUCGACGUUCCAACCACAGGCAUCGGCAAUUUGUUUCCGGAAUCCCUCCCUGCGCCGGGAACCGCGCCCUGCCAGAACCAGCCACUGGUCCCGCCUCGACUCACCGUCAUCGUGGAUGACGAGGGGUCAUGUCGCUCCGAGUUUACUCACUUCAAGACCACCCAUCGUGUCGUGUAUGACAAUGCUCAGGCCAGGGCGGGAAUUGGCUCCAUCAAUCCUGCGGAAAGCACCGAAGUCCUCGUCGUCAAUGAGCAGGAUGGCUCCAUCAUGGAAGGAAGCACGACGACACCUUACUUCUGGCGAGGGGCAAGGUGGAUCACUCCGCCGGUAUCGACGGGAUUCGACAGACAUGGUGGCAGCGGUGGCAAUGAUGGCACGUCCAGGCGUUGGGCAUUGGGGCGCGGUAUUGCCGUUGAACAAGACAUCAGAGCUGAUCAGCUUGUCGAUGGAGAGGAGUGUUAUGUUAGCAACGGAGUGCGCGGCUUCAGGGCUGGUGUGAUACGGCUGAGGACGACCAUGGUCUCAGCGAUGAAUACAUAG